AUGACGGCACCAGCAGAAGUUCGGACUCCUGCCUCAGCUAAAUUGGAUAAGACAUUCAUCGAUGAGGAUGAGGAUGAAUACGAAAAGAGAUUUAGAGAAGAACAAGCUCAUAUGGUCACGCUGCAAUUCAGAAGAUACCUCGAAAGGAAGAAAGCCGAGCAGCUGGAGUACGAGGCAGCAAGGCAGUUUGUUUUCCUUAGUGUUAAAUGGAAAAAUCUCCUUCUUUCCACUUUUGGCAUAUGGACAAAUGACAUUCUGCACAGCCUAUUUAUAUCGCUGUCAGUGAACUGUUAUUACUGUGAGGUAACUGCGCUUCAAGGGAAGUUGGCCCUAUUUAAGGUGUUUGAAGCAGACUUGUCGAUCCACUAUUUCCCAACAUCUGGUAUCAGAGCAGUGUUCUCUAAGUUACUGAGUGAAGAUGUUUCUGAUACUGUUGAGUUUGCAUGGUCUCAUCCCAUGAAAACCAUCCAAGAUGAAAAUGGUGUUACCACUCUUGUGAAGAAACCAAAGAGAGAAUGGACUCUAAAUGAAAAGGCUGCUGGAAUCGCCAAUUCAAAAGCCCUUUUUUCGAUCUUCAACGCUGUGGAUGAAACUCAAGGGAAGCUGAUAUCAAAUUGCAAGACUACUAAGGAAGCAUGGGACAUUCUGGAAAAUGCAUUCAAAGGAUCAGUACAAGUUCGAGAAUCAAAACUGGAUCCUAUUGAAACAUUGUUCGAAGGAAUGAAGAUGAAUGAAGACGAAACAAUCGAUGUUUACAAUAAUCGCUUUAUGGAUGUUUUCAAUCAAGCAGAAGCUCCUGGAAUGCACUUUGAAGAGAAGAGACUGGUGAGGAAGAUGCUUAAAAGUCUCACAAAAAAUUUUAGGCCUAAGUUGAUUAUGCUCGAUGAACCACCAAAGCUGAAAAAUAUGACAUUAGAUGAAUUGUAUGGUACAUUGGUGAAUUAUGAAAUGAAUUAUCUUGAAGAUGAAACUCCUAAAAGUGUAGCAUUAAGUGCUGAAGACAUGGAGGUGAUAGAGUCUGAUGAAGAAAUGGCACUGCUGAGUCGUAAACUUUCUCGAAUGAUUAGUGAUAAAAGACUAGCUAAGCUGAAGUAUGGAAGAUUUCCGAAUAAAAGUGGUUAUCAUGAUGGAAAUGCAUAUGGCUCACAGCAGAAGUAUUCAGAUCAGAAACCAACAAGUUACAACAAGCCAAAAGGAAAAUUUGAAGGUGGCUUCAACAAAAAAUUCAAAGUGUCUUCUAAGCCUAAUACAAUUCAAGAACCAACCUGUUAUGGAUGUGGUGGUGUAGGACACAUUAAAUCUGAAUGUCCAACUGUAAAGAAGAGAGAAAAGAGAGCCUACCAAGCUAUUUGGAGUGAUAAUGAUGAGGAAGGCUCUGCUGCAGGUGAAGAAACUUCAGAAAAUGAUGAACUUGUGGCCUUCAUGGCUGGUGUUGAUGAAUCCAGUAAGGUUGAUGAUGAUAAAUCAAAUUCUGAAAAUUCCGAGGAGUCAAGAGAAUUGGAUGCUGAUGAGUUGAUUGAAGCAUAUGAGGAGAUGGUUUCUGAACAAAAGAAAUCAUUGGUGAAAUAUAAAAAAUUAUUGAAUACUAUUUAUCGAUUGCAAGACCAAAAAGAAAAACUUGAUGAUGAGAUUGAACAACUGAAGAAUGAUACUGAGGCUAAGUCUACUGAAUCAGAUGGUUUAAAGGUUGAAAAUCAGAAGUUGAAGGAAGAAAAUGACAGACUUCGAAAAGGAAAAGAGAAAUUGGAUGAAGUUCUUUCGAUUGGAAAACCUUUUGGAGAUCACAAAGGAAUUGGUUUUUGCGAAUCCUCUCAAAGAAAACCAACUACAUUUGUUCGUUGUGGUCUUCUUACUGAUGUUGAAGUUCCAGAAAAUAAAUAUGCUCCAGUGAAGAAACAGAAGUCCAGAAAGAACAGAAGCAGGAAUUGGAACACAGGUCGCAGAACUCAGGAUGUUAAACCAUUGUCAUUAUGUCCAGAUGACUACAAAUAUUGCAUACUUCCAGGUCAUACAGCUGAAAAAUGUUUCAGAUUGGCGAAGGAUGUGAUGAAUGGCAGAAAUAUUGAGUGGCCUACUGAAGGACUCAGACAUAAUAUCAAAGUCAGAUUGUGGAUGCUCUUGUCACAUGACAAACCAAAAAAACUGUUGAAAAACUUUGUUGAGGACAAAAGUGGUGAUGUUAUCUUUGAAGAUGGUGCAAAAGGAAAGAUCAGUGGCUAUGGUAUUCUUGAAAAAGAAAUAAUUCCAAGACUUUCGAAGGUGUAUUUUGUUGAAGGUCUGAGCACAAAUCUGAUAAGUAUCAGUCAACUAUGUGAUGAUAAGUUGAAUGUGAAGUUCACAAGGGAAUCAUGUGAGGUAUUUGAUGCUGAUGAAAAGUGUGUGAUGAUCGGUGUUCGAUCAAAGAACAAUUGUUACUUAUUGGAGAAACCAAAGAUGCAAGCUUUGAUCUUGAAAGAUGAUGAAACAAUGUUGUGGCAUACCAAGUUAGGGCAUUUCAAUCCCCAAAACUUGAUGAGAAUCAGUAAACUUGGUGCAAUCAGAGGUCUGUCCAAAUUUUCAAAGCUGCCUAGGGCUACUUGUGGUCAUUGUGCAAGAGGAAAGCAAAAAAGGGUUGCUCAUCUAGCGUUGGAACAGCAAACUAGCAACAACUGUCUGGAACUGCUGCAUUUGGAUUUAAUGGGUCCCGUUGAUGUUUAUAGCCUAGGUGGUAAUAAGUAUAUUCUGAAGAAAGUGAAGAUUAAUAGACUUCAGACUGAUCAUGGGAAAGAGUUCGAGAAUAAAAAAUUUAGUGGAUUCUAUGAUAAGUUGGGAAUCAAACAUGAAUAUUCUGCUCCAAAAACUCCACAGCCGAACGGAGUAGUGGAAAGGAAAAAUCGAACUUUACAAGAAAUGGCUAGAUCUAUCAUGCAUGCGAAAGGAGUUGCAAAGUUCUUGUGGGCUGAAGCUAUUAAUACAGCUUGCUAUGUGAUCAAUCAUGUGUAUCUCAGACCACACACAGAGAAAACACCUUAUGAAAUUUGGAGUGGAAAGAAGCCAAAUGUCUCAUAUUUUCAUACGUUUGGGUGUAGAUGCUACAUUAUGAAGGAUCAGGUUCAACUACAUAAGUUUGAUGCUUGUUCAGAUGAUGGUAUAUUUCUGGGAUACUCACUGAACUCAAGAGCCUAUAGAGUCUACAACAAUCGAACCAAGAAGGUGAUGGAAUCAGUCAAUGUAAUGUUUGAUGAUGCUCUUUCAGAGAAAAAAUAUAUUCAACUAGAUGAUGAUGACGAUGCUCCAAAUCCAGUGAUUAGUAGUCCUCCUGAGGUUCAAAAUCCUCCCCAAAAUCAGAAUGAUCAACCACAGACAGCUGCUGAUGAUGCUACUGAAAAAGUUAGAAGAUAUGGUUCCAGAAUACCACAGAAGCACCCAAUUGAUGCAAUCAUUGGUGAUCCAAAAGGUGGCAGAGUCACUCGAGGUAAACAGAUUGAUUUCAAAAACCUAUCUGGAAUGAAUUGUUUUGUAUCAACUUUUGAACCCAGAAAUAUUGAUGAGGCGUUGAAGGAUGAAUACUGGUUGAGUGCAAUGCAAGAUGAAUUAAACCAGUUUGAGAGAAAUGGAGUAUGGAUGUUGGUGCAGAGACUUGGUGACUGCAACGUGAUUGGUACCAAAUGGAUCUUCAAGAAAAAGUCUGAUGAGUGUGGCAAUAUUACUCGAAACAAGGCCAGAUUAGUUUCCCAAGGAUACACUCAGAUUGAAGAAUCGACUAUGACGAAACCUUUGCCCUGGUUGCCCGUAUCGAAGCUUGACAAGACAUUGUUUAUCAAGCGCAAAGGAAAGGAACUGAUGUUUUCUCAAAUCUAUGUCGAUGACAUUGUAUUUGGUUCCACCUCCAAGUUGAUGAGAAAAGAGUUUGUGAAGUUCAUGGACUCCGAGUUCAAAAUGAGUAUGAUUGGUGAACUUACUUAUUUCUUAGGUCUGCAAGUUAAACAGUGUGUUGAUGGUAUCUUCCUGAAUCAGACCAAGUAUGCUCAAAAUAUGAUCAAUAAGUUUGGUCUGAGUAGUUCUAAGGCUGUCAGAAUGCCAUUAGGACAACAAGAGAAAUUGUCGACGGAUGAAUCGAGAAAAGAUGUGGAUCAAAAGUUGUACAGGAGUAUCAUAGGUAGUUUGCUUUACUUGACUGCCAGCAGGCCUGAUAUCUUGUUUAGUGUUGGAGUAUAUGCAAGGUUUCAAGCUGCUCCAAAGGAAUCAUAUCUUAAAGCCGCAAAGAGGAUAAUUCACUAUGUUCAUGGAACGGCUGAGUUGGGGUUAUGGCUGGAGUACGUUGAGACUAAGGAUCAAAAGGCUGAUAUUCUCACAAAGGCGCUCGAUGGUGAUCGGUUUGAAACACUUCGCCGUGAUCUGGGUAUGUGUUCAUACCCUUCCUAA